UUUGUUGUUUCCGCCUGUUGUAAAGACAUCUAGGACAUACGUUACUACAUUGAAAAACCUGUUUCUAAGUAGGUGAAUUAUAAGAUGGUGACGACCAAUGGUCUAUCAGGGUUUUCCAACCUGUGUCCCAUGACCGGAGCAACCUCGUUCCAGUCCCUUGGUCUCCACAAUUUUGCGGGAGCUGAAGGCCAUGAUGUAGCUCGACAUGUGCUGAAGAGGCAGUAUCGGUACGAUGCCUCUUCUGGUUCAUCUGGAGUUCAAAACUGGCUCAGUCUCACAAAGGGCAGAGGUAGUGCCAUAGGUGGAGCGGAAAGGUACCUGCGUCGCAUUGGCGAUACCGACAGGGGCGAAUUGUACGCGUGCACAAGCGAGAAAGAUGAUGAGCUGAUCGAGAAAGGGGAGUGUGCGUAUCUUGGCGACGCUUUAGAGGUGGCUGCAAAUUCCCAGCGAUCUGGCAGAUUCUUAACCGUGGCGGCACAAAAGUGGACAGGACAGGAAUGGACCCGCAGCGGAGGCGUGCCCUUCGUAGUCCUGGAGACCAAGUCGCAGACUCUUGGUGGAGAUGCAAGUACAACUACUGCGACAUCAGCAGACGCGUCGUCCACGUCUUCGACAACAGAAAAAGCUUCUCGACUUGCUUUUGCUGGUGAAGAUGCCCUAUUUGCUAGAGCGAAGCCUAUGCCUUACCUUAAGGAAAGUAGAUUUUGAUUUGUUCGAAGAAGGUUGAUUUAGUCAUCCACAUGUUUAUACAUGCUCACCUCGAAUAGUACAUCCACAUGGAGGACAUGUUAACCUCGAAUAAGUAGUCUAUUCCAAGGAAAUGAACGAUGGAUGUGUUUUUUGAGAACCAGGCAGAGGAAAGAUUCUUCAUGGAAAUUAGAGGUACGUCAGGAAUUAUUGCUAGAAUGCCUUGUUAUAUUAAAUAUGAUUAAUGUUGACACCUCUAAUUUUGGAAUGAUCACGUCUGAUCUGCGAUUGGAAGGAGGGGAGGACUAUUCGCCGAUAGGCCUCUCGUCGGCAGAUGGUCAGAAAGGGGAUGAUGCAGAAACGAUGACGCAAUUUCUGUGAUGAUUUUUUGUUGAAAGAACAUGGUGUGUCUUGGGACACGAGGAGAAGUCCUUUGACUUCUUAUGAUUGCUUUCAACAGUGAACCCAUGACUUCUUAUAUAGCGUUACAAC